AUGGCAGAGCCAACUGCUGCUACGAACUCAACGGGUGUUACUGACUCAAACUACGUUCCUCCUCCGGGUCGACUGGGGAAUCUCACCCAAGAACAGCAGCAGACGCUUGAGAAAUUCAAGCAGGAGAUCAAGGAUGCAGGAUAUUUCGUAGAGGAACGGAUGGAUGAUGCGACGCUUCUAAGGUUUUUACGAGCACGGAAAUGGGAUGUGGCACUGGCUAAGAAAAUGCUCAUUGAUGCGGAGGAUUGGAGGAAGAGGAAGAACGUGGAUGAUAUCGUGAAAAACUUCAAGUUUGACGAGAAGAAGUUGGUUGACAAGUAUUAUCCCCAAUAUUACCACAAGCAAGACAAGGAUGGACGUCCCUUAUACAUAGAACGUCUUGGCAACGUUAACGUCACCGAACUACGGAAAAUCACUUCACAAGAACGGCAGAUCCAAGCUCUCAUCCUCGAAUACGAAAAGUUCUUGACCGAGCGUCUCCCGGCAUGCUCCAAAGCCACGGGUCACCCAAUUGAGACUUGUACGACGAUCCUCGACCUCAAGAAUGUUGGGAUCAAAGCAUUCUGGGAUGUCAAGGGCUACGUAAAGGAUGCCAGCGAGAUCGGACAGAAUUACUACCCAGAGACGAUGGGCAAGUUCUAUAUUAUCAACGCACCAUGGAUGUUCACUACGGUCUGGAGUGUCAUCAAGGGAUGGCUCGAUCCCGUCACUCAAGCGAAGAUUAACAUCCCUUCCGGCGAUGGUAGUAAGGAGCUCCUUGAGCAGAUCCCGGCGGAGAACUUGCCUGCGGAGUUUGGUGGAUUGUGCCGUUGCCCUGGUGGUUGUUCGCUUAGUGAUGCUGGUCCUUGGAACCCUCCACGAGAGACAGAAGUCGCAGAACAGAAUGUGGCAGAUGGGAAUGCACAGUGA